AUGGAGAGCUUUGAUUCCGCUGGGUUCCCUGUGAACUUUGAAGAGAUGUUCAUGGACCUCAUCGGCGAUGACGCACCUGAGGAUGCCUCGACCAUGGGUCCCUCUGAUGAGUUCCUCCGCGAGUUUGCCAAUGGCCCUCGUUUUGAAGCCGACUUUUUCUCCUCAAACUCUGCUGAGAUCCAAGAUGUCAAUGGCGUCGCUGGCUCAGUCCCUUCCGAGCUCCUGUACAACCAGCAGCUGCCUGUUGAGCUUCAGCUCGUCCCCCAGCAGACAUCCUUUGAUCUUCAGUCCGCCCAGCAGCUUCCUGUCCAGGCUCAGCUCCCUGAGCAGCCUCAGCUCCCUGAGAACCCUCAGCUCCCUGAGAACCCUCAGCUUCCUGUCCAGGCUCAACUUCCUGUGCAGCCUCAGCUCCCUGUGCAGCCUCAGCUCUCUGAGCAGCCUCAGCUCCCUGAGCAGCCUCAGCUUCCCAUCCAAGCUCAGCUUCCUGUCCAAGCUCAGCUUCCCGUCCAAGCUCAGCUUCCUAUUCGGGCUCACUACCCUGCCCAGCCUCAGGUCGCUCCCCAGCAGCCCUCUCCUCAGGUCCGUGAUCGUGCGAGCUCCUUGGAGUCACUGUUCGAUGGAAAUGCGUCUUUCGAUUCCGAUUGUCAGAUUAUCGAAACUCCUUUUACCUCCCCUGAGGUCGGCACCGUGGUGAUGUCGAUCCCCCUCACUCCCGCGUCUGCAAAGAAGACCCCAGGAAAGCGUGCUCCCAGGCGGGCAAGCAAGGCCAAGGCCAGCCCCAACGCCAAUGUUCAAGCCUUCAACAACAAAUUGAAGCCUGUGCGCCUCCCUCGCGCUCUGGCGACUGCCCAGCAGUACGCGCAGCAUGUCUCGCCAUUUGCAUCCAUCGAGCCACCACAGCACCAGCCUCAGCCUGGAGCUAAUCCCCAGUCGGAGUCCGCAACCCAAGUCGCCCUCAUCCAAGCUCGCGACCGCAUCAAGGUCUUGGGCAACGAGCGCAGCUACUACCAGCAAGCUCUCCGCCGAGCUACAAACGUUGAUCCCAACACUGGCAAGACCACCCUGGAGUCCCUGGAGUCCCAGAAUGCAAACCUCCGCCGCGUGAACACCACUCAGACCAACACCAACAAGAAGCUUAAGGCUGAGCUUGCCACUGAGCGCAAGAAGUACCUCGACCUUGCUAAUCUGUACAACCGCAUGCUUCUCGAUUUCCACAAGUCUCAGGAGGAGAACGCACAAAUGAAGGCUCAGCUCGGUCAGGCUUGA